AGGUGUUUCUCAAUGGCUCAACCCAAUGCAAAUAAUGAAAAGUCUUGGGGCGAUACUGAUGAAAGCACUUAUAAAUACAUCGAAGGUCUAGUGAAGAAACACGGAGUCGGAAAGAAGCUGUACGAUGAAAUGAAAGUUGAACGGGACAAGUGGAGAAAAGAGGCGAUCAACAUAGCCUUCAUUGGCCAAGCCAGACAGGGAAAGUCAUCGCUCAUUAAUGCCAAUAUCGGAAGAAAGGUAGCCAAGGUUCGCGCUACUGGAGUUUGUACCACAGAUAUUAGAUCUUUUGCUCAUCCCAAGAACCCUAAUAUUAUCAUGUGGGAUGUACCAGGCGUUGACGCGGUCAAGUUCCCACGUGACCAAUAUUUCGACAAAAUUGGCUACAAUGUCAACAAUUACGACUUCUUUCUGAUUGUGACGAAAGAUAUUUUCAGCUCGGACGCUAAAUAUGUUGCGGAUUUGGUACAGGAAAAUAACAAGAGGUUUUACCUUGUGAGGACGCAUAUUGAUGAUACCAUCGAGAAACAACUGGACGACAAAGAUGACGAUGAGUUUUUGAGCGAAGAAGAUAUAGUUGCGGAUGUGCGUAAAAAUAUUCAAGAGGAGUUGGAAACGUUUGCAUUUGACACAAACAAGUUCAAAGUGUAUCUCGUGAACAACAAAAACUCUCUUGAGUUUGAUUUUCCGAAGCUUAAAGAAGAUAUUUGUCGAGACAGUGUUUCUGAGCUUCAACAAGAGGCUUUACUGUUGACUAUUGGUGGAUACGGUCGCCAAAUGAUUGAUCUGAAAUAUAGUUUGUUCAAGAAACGUCUGACGAAAGCAGCUCUUGCUUCGGCCGCCGGUGGCGCAGUUCCAAUUCCAGGUGUCAGUGCGACCGUUGACAUUGGCAUCCUUAUUGAAGAAACUUUAACGUAUUUUGAGGGGUUUGGAUUGAGCAAAGAGUCGAUUGAAAGUCUGGAAGAGUUGAACGAGGUUCCAAAUGGGACCAUCGAAAUUGCGCUGACGAAUAAAUUAUACAAUGAGUACCGUCUGUUGUAUGUCAUUCGAGAGGGUGCUCCCAGAGCAUUGUCUUCGUGGGACUCUGUGAAAAGUGCAGCCUUGUCAAUUGCAUCCACUUCCGGUCGGUACAUUCUGUCCCAACUAUCUCUGGUCGCAACUUCCGAAACAGUUGAAACAGGUGCUAAGUGGCUUUUGCCAAUUGUGGGUUCAGUGGUGGCGGCUGGAAUAUCGUAUUUAGUGACGUCGUAUCAGCUCGGGUGCUUUUUGGACCAGUUGAAGAUAAUCGCCGAGUUCGCCAACUCGUAUCUCUCGGAUGUUGAGAGGCACAGAAUAACAGCUUUUGAAGCCAAUUCAGACGAAGAUUAAAGUACAUUGGUGAACAUCUUUUAAAUUAUUUCCCUAUAGUAGUCGUAAAGCUUCCAUACAGUAGUCGUAAAGCUUCCCUUAUUUCCUUAUAGAAGUCCUGAAAUCAGGUUCGUCAAUCAUCUCCACGAUUACUUGGACUAAAAACUCAUUUAUAUUUUUAAAUCGAUAUAAUUAGUUAGCUUGCUGUUGUUUAUAUUUUUCAGCGAGAAAAGAAAUCUAUCGCUGAUUCAAUGGGUGCUAUAAAUUUAAAUCUGAUAUCUUUAGAGUUAACUCGAAGUUUAUCAAUUUGGGUUUGUCAGCGCUGCUAUUAGAUAUCUGCUAUUGAUUGUCAGAUGAAAUCUUCAGAGGUAACCAGAAACUUUUUUUACUCACGCUAGCUUGAGAGCGUUGUGUUAUUAUAUCACGAUUUCUUUUCUUCCGAUCCAACUCGCGAGUAAAAGUGUUCAUUUUGGUGGCUUUUUAAUCCAUUGUAUUAGCAGUUUAAUAGCAUCUGUUCUCCGCUUUCUCAGUUUCUAGUGGUUAGUGGCUUGGAUCCUUCAGAGUCAGUUGCACAGUUGGGUAGAGCUGUGUACCUGGAAGUCGGAGGCUUGCAGUUCGAUUCCCAUAGAGGUAAAUGAUUUUUCAAAUUUCAAUAGUGUGUACGAUUGCGCUUUUUGUGUAAUUAUGACGGGAGGGUGCGGAAAGAUUCAGAAUUUGGAAAUAUUUUCACGACAACUAUUUUUUAAACACCGCAACGGGAGUUUCUCCAAUUUUUGUAGGCUUAGUUGCAGUUCAAUAAAUGUUUGUGAAGAGUUAUUUGAUACCGGUGAUAGUGUUUUGAGACUUAAUGUUGAGACUUCGUCAGUAUUUUUUCCGAGGCCAAAUUAAGUCUGUCUGUCUGUAUACCUGCUUUUUAAAUUAAUUUGAUUAUGUCUGUCUACCCGUCGCCUAUUUUUUUUUCAUCUAUUAUCUAUCUAUUAUAUAUUUAAAUGCGGGCUUCACUAUCUCGCCAAGUUUAAGCUUUUUCAACGUAUUAGUUUUGCAUGUGUUGCAACCCCCAGGGUACUCUGAAAGGGGUUGGGAAUCUUGCAUCAACUUCUCACUUCUCAAAUCCUUGUAGUUUUCGAGAUAUUGAAAACUACAAGGAAGUUGAAGAUCUCAAUCCUGUUGUUGGAUAUUGUGAGGGUACUCUGUGAUUUUUUUUUGGAUUUUUUCAAAACUUUUCAGAAAAAUUAGAUAUAAAAAAUUUCACAAAACUUGAAAUUAGCAUCUGUGUAGUGAGGCUCUCUCAGGGUACUCUCAGGAGUUAAGAAUUUCGCCGCCAAAUGUGACUGCUCAAAUCCUGGUACUUUUCGAGAUAUGACGUUUUUUAUGAUUUUCUCCGAAGUUUUCUAAAAAACUUAAAUGCUAAAAAAUUCCAAAACUUUGAAGAUCUCAAUCCUGUUAUUGGAAUUUGUGAGGGUAAUCUCAGGGGAUGCGAAUCUUGCCUCUGAAUUAGGCUGCUCAAAUUUUUGUAGUUUUCGAGAUAUGAUGUUUUUUUAGGUUUUUUUUUUGAAAUUUUAAAAAUUUCGCAAAAAUUGAAAUUCCCAUCUCUGUAGUGAGGCUCUGUCUGGGUACUCUCAGGAGUUAGAAAUUUGAAAGUUCGAAAUUUUUAACCUGUAGUUUUGGGGGGGGGGGGCUGUCAGAGUAAUCUCAGUGGUCGCAAUAUUGACCUCCAAUUAAGAAUGCCCAAAUCAUUUUUGUAUAAGUUUUCGGAAAUCUCAAAUUACAAAAUAAUUUAUUAAAGUGAACUUCCCAACCCUGUAGUUGUGUACUUUCAAAGAUUGCGAUUAUUGCCAUCAAUGAAGAUUGCUUAAAUUUUGGUAGUUUUCGGGGUACUUCUUUUACAAAACUUAAGGUGAAGUUUCAAAAUUUUAAUUUCCCAACAUUGUAGUUUGGUACUUAAGAGUACUCUCAGGAGUUGCAAAUCUUGCUUUCAACUGCUCAAUUGCUUUCAGUUUCGCAGAUGUGACGUUUUUUAUUUCAUUUUAAGUUUUUCGAAGAACUUGCAUAAAACUUACAAAAUUUUAUGGUUCUUCAAAAUUUGUAUAAAAAACUUGAAUAAAAAAUUUUGCAAAAUUUUUAAUUACGAACCCUGUAAUUGGGUUCUGUCAGAGUACACUCGAAGAAAAGUUUUUUUUUGAGUUGUUGAAAAUUCGAAGCACCGGAGGUGCGGUACACGCUAGUAAUCAUAAAAUUUUACAAGACAGUUCAUUUUUCGAGGUGUUGAAGCCGCAUUGAUUUUUGACGCUUAUAUGCGCCCAGCUACGUGUACUAAGUUCAGCUAGAGUUUUAGCAUUCUAACUGUUCAAUGUGGUCGCUUUUUACGCAAGCUGAUUGGUUCCUAGAAAAAGUGUUGAUUGUGAAAGUAAAUUGAAUUUCCGGUUUAAAAGGCAUCAUAUAACUGCUUCUCGAAAUUCGUACUUGUAAGUUGUUCCCACAAAAGCACGAGUUUGAACCAAUCGGUGCCCCAACUUCUGUGUUGUGAGAAAGCAAUAACUUUUUGUGCGUUUUGUGUAAAUAUUGCAUUUUGAUUUGCUAGGAGAAAUUUUUCCUUAAAGCUUGAAAGUUCCUACAAGUAACUUUUGCGACUUGAAAACGGGUUGGAAUUUCUUGAAAAAAUUUCUUGAAAAAAUCGAAAUUUUGAUUUAGUUUUUUUUUCUAUCAAUUUUUAAAAAAUAAAUCCGUUUUUGUAAAGCUUAACCGAGUUCAAUUUUUUGUAUAUCAAGCGUAUGCCUAAACAUUUAUAAUGCAUAUACAUUUUAUUCAUGUCUGUAUUUUCAUGCGAUUAUGUUCGAUUAGCUAAUGUCUGAGGAUUUGCGGAUUUUUUUUCAGAGCUAGGAAAUUAAUGAUAGGCAGUAGGGAUUGGGAUCGACUAAGACAGGUUUUUGUUUGAGACACAUGCAUCUUCAAAUGCAUGAGAUAUAACUUUUUUUCGCUACUAAGCAUUGGCCUCUGUUUAAUUGUUUGGAAAGGCGCACCUGCAUGUUAAAGAGAGUUGGAGACAGUUUGCUUCUUUCUCGUUUUUGGUUACCAAGUUUUAUCGGAGAGUUUUCACGGGUAUUAUUUUCAGCCACUAGUAAAAACCUACAGUACUGGAGUGAGCACGCUGAGAAAUUGAUGUUUUUUUUCUACCUCAUUUAACAAAUUGAAAAUUUUUGGACCAAGUGGCCUGGAUUGAACUCAAAUAGAUACAAACUGAACCCAAACAUGACCUAAUUCCCUGCUUUUAUUUUUAAGAAAUUAUUCGAUCUACGUCAAGAGCCUUAGUGUGUACGAAUAUGUGCUUUCACUGCUUUAUUUCACCUUUAAUAAAGUGCACUUAAACUAAAUGAGACAGUUUUUAACGAAAAUGUGUCCUGAUCUUUCGGAAUUGCCUUUUCUGAGUGUAAUAUUCAUUGAAAGCCCAGUCAUUUGUCUCAGCCACAAGUACUUGUGGAAAAAACUCAUUUUAAAAAUUCAAUAACUAGUUUCUUUAAUUGCUGUCCAUUAUUUGCUCAAAAUUAUUCGGAAGUUUUUAAAAGAUACUAAUUAUUUAAUUCAAAAUAUAUCUAUUAAA